AAUCGAAGGCGAGGCUUCACCUGCCUAUGUUAUACGGUGGAAGUGAGGCUGCUCGUAUCUUCAGACGGAAAUACAGUGCAGUUAUUCAUGACGGCGUGGCUGACGUGAAAACUUGCUAGUGCAAACCGGAGAAUAACGGCGUUAAAAGGUACUUCCGCUCCGCUGUGUUCAUAACGAUGCAGUUCAUGCUUCUGUUCAGUCGUCAAGGCAAGCUCCGGCUGCAGAAAUGGUACGUGCCUCUGUCUGACAAAGAGAAAAAGAAGAUCACCAGAGAGCUGGUGCAGACCGUCCUGGCCCGGAAGCCUAAAAUGUGCAGCUUUCUGGAGUGGAGGGAUCUAAAGAUUGUUUAUAAGAGAUAUGCCAGCCUGUAUUUCUGCUGUGCCAUAGAGGACCAGGACAAUGAGCUCAUCACUCUGGAAAUCAUCCACAGAUACGUGGAGCUGCUGGAUAAAUACUUUGGGAGUGUUUGUGAGCUUGACAUUAUUUUCAACUUUGAGAAGGCCUACUUCAUUCUGGAUGAGUUUUUGCUGGGCGGUGAGGCUCAGGAAACGUCCAAGAAGAACGUUCUGAAGGCCAUCGAGCAGGCGGACCUGCUGCAGGAGAAUAUAGACUUUCAGAUGCGUCUGUUUGCAGGUGUGAUGGUCCCAAAUAUGGCAUCAGAAGCCUCUGGUCUUUUCCAAAAUUAGGCCAGCUAAGCCCCGUCAUGAGUACUUUAAUGUGCCUGUGUACUGAUUGGCUACCAUCUGCUGCUGCUGCCGCUGCUGUCCGCCCUGCAUGCUGCGCUUCUCAGUGCCUGGCACCUUUCUUUCUGGCCUCUGAGCACCUGACAUUAUGUUCGGGGGUGUAUCGUCGGCCCCACUUUUAAUUCCACCUGAAACAUGACAGCCGGCCUAAAGUGUUGUCCAGGAAGUAAACCAAUACUAAAGUUCAGUGGUGGAUUUUUUAAAAUUAUUUUUAAAAACUGCUCCUCUGGAACAAGAAAACGUCACUUUUAAAUCGAGCUAAUAUAUUCAUGUAGCCAUUAUAAUUGUUUAUUUGAUGCAUUAUUGCAUGUCUGUCAACGGUCUGCUAAAUUUUGUAUCAUUUUUUUUCUUUCUAUAUGUGGCAUAUUUGUGUAUUUUCUUGCUGUAAAGAACAAAGUUUCCAUCUUGUGUCCUCAUGAUCCAUUGUGUUUCUUUUUAUGAAGCUCAAUUUCCUCUUAUUAGACAUUCUUGCUCCGUCUUUUUCUUUUUGAGAAGCUCUGACUGAAAAUUUAAGUGAAAUUCCUGGUUAAUUGACUGUCGACAUUCUUGGAACAAGAAGACGGGUUUCAAACUCAUUGGUUUUUGGUUAAAUAGGAGAAUAGCUUGUUCUGCCCGCCUGCGCAGCUCCCCGUCACUCUGUGGGGAAACACUGCCCCCUGGUGGAGAUUCGGCGGCACAGCCAUGCAGGCAGUUUCACUCUGGUCUUUGUUCGGACCGGAGUGUUUGCACUUAUAGAAAAAAUAUUUUAAAAAUUAAUAGAUAACACCUCUCUGUGUAUAGUCACGCUAACUCUGAAGCUACUUAAACACAGACUGGGGGUUAGUGUUAGUUAUUUUACUCACAUAUGGAGUGUUUUUUAUUUAUAUUUUUUUCUUGGUGUUUUUGUCAGAUUUUAAUUCAUGUUAAAAUCCGUAUGAAUCUUUCUGUCAUGCCACGAUGACUAGAAGUUGUGCAACAUUGAAAUAAGUCUGAGACAAUAGCAAAGACUAGCAAUAAUCUACAUUUUGUUUGACAUUACUCUAUUUUCUUAUUUUAAAAUAAAAUUUUAAAACGAUGUAUUUUAAAAACGUAUUAGAUAUGAAUACAUGUGUAGUUUCCACUCUCAAGGUAAGUGUUCAUAGAUGAAUUAUAUUAAAAUUGAUUUUGCACUAAAUACAAAUUGUGUGGAUAAAUCAAGAACCACUUAUUCUCAACAAAAAUGUGACCCAACAAAUAUAAAAAUCAUAAUAGGACCACUCUGAUGAGUUGAGUGAUGGAAUAAUUGAUUUUAAAAACAUGUAUAAUAAAUCAUACAUUUAUGACCAUCAAGCGAGUUUUUUCUUUUUUCUGUUAAUGUUCAAUUUAAAAUUUCUGUGAUGCCACCUUGCUCAUUUCUUAAACACUCAGGCAGACGUUUGGAAACAUAGUCAUGUUUUUUUGUUGAGUGUUGGAAAGAAACUCAGUUGUGCCAAACAUUGUGCAAAAUAUCCAUACCACUUAAACUUUUUAAAAUAUUUUACGAGAUUUUUUAUUUGUACUUUAUGUGAAAGACCAACUUAAACUUUGACUGGUCCAUUCCAACAAGAAGAUGUUGACUCCAUACCCACAGAGCCACAUGUAUCUCUUUACAUCAUCCACUGAGGGGCUAUGUAAUAUUUGUAUCAAAAUAAAACGCAUAUUGUAUGUAACACAUACAAAGCAGCAUCAGAAAAACACCAGGAUUGGCCUUAGGAAUACUUUCUGUAAAAAUGUAAUUAUUUUUUUCUCUUUUGGUUGCAAAGUAUGCAUCUUUUCAAAAAGAAUUAUUAUCAAUUGAAAACGUUUGUGUGUUUUUGUGCAAAAAUAGUUUAAUAACUUUAUGUUAAAACCUAAAAAAAUAAAAGUGCCUUUCUUUCAUUUAAAAAUCAAAAAACUUUUUUUUUUUGAUAAGCCAAGCUAAAUAAGCUUCUUGGUUUCAUGUAGUUUUUAAACAAAGUUUGUUCAGCUGGACCAAAGUCCAAAUCGUCUGUCUGGGCUGUAACGUUAUCUGACGCCUGGUCUGUUGCAUAAAAUCCAAAAUAAAAUAUACUGAAGUUUAUUCUAGACUGAUGCAAUAUGGAAAAGAUUUAGGAGACAUAAAUAUAUAACAUGCUGUAAGAAAAUGCAUUUAGAAAUAUUCUUGUGUAACAUACGUCUCUGUGGCGUAGUUCCAGAGUUUGAGCUUUCUUCUCUCAAACUAUCAUUUUUACAGAUGUAUCCCAGUUGAAAUGUCAGAUCCUCUUUCUGUGUGAAGUCAAUUUUCCGUCUCACUGCUCUGAUGAAAUUCCUCUCUUUACCUUUAUGCUGAACGCUGGCUUAGGACGCCAAAGAUGCAGAGACCCCUCGCAGCGUGCUGGAGGAAAUUGGACUCACAUAAACAUUUUCUCUGUCAUCAUCCUCCUCCUUCUCAUCAUCAUCAUCCUCAUGCUUUGGGCUCAGAUCCCUGUCCUAUGCUGGCUACUGUUCUUCAUCGACCCGAUGACUCUAAUUCACCCUCCAGCUAAAGCAAUCACAUUCUCUAGCAGUUUAUGCUUUCUUUUUAUUUUUUUCUUCUCAGUGUUUCCAGUGCGCAGUGUGAUAAUAUAUGAAAAGAAAACAGCAAUUUAUUAUGCUUUUUAUGUUUUGCUCUCAAAUAAGGGAAUAGAUUGUGUCACGUUAUAUAAAGGGAAGUCUGAAGUAUUACGUUAGAACCAAAGAGUAAGGUCUCGUCGUUUGGAGGUUCUCAAUAGCCAAACAUGUUUUAAACUGAAUAUGUGUGUGGAUUAAAACACACUCACUGUGAUCACUCAACAACGCAUCGCUGUUCAGUCGGGAACAAACGCUGUAAUAUCUUUGUUUACAAGCUCACGCUGCUCUGAUCGGUCAAACUUUGGCUUUACAAAAAUAGCAGAUUUACAGUCGAAUGCCUUAAACAACUGACUAGUAUUUUUUUUACUUUUAUUUAUUUAAUUUUUUUAUGGCAACAAUGUAGCAGGUAAAUUCGCCGGAUUGGUUUUACUUGAUGUAAAAGUGCAAGAAUCAAGCAGACUGUUUUUCAUUUCCAUGUUUACAACUGUGUGGACUAAAAGUCAGAGACAUGCAGCAGCUGUUAACGCCGCCUGAAACAGGAACUAUCCAUCCAUGCGUAGUUUAUACCCACUUGUUCUUCUUGGGGCUGGUGUCUAACUUGAGACCCCCGGAUUAAUUUAGACAUCAUUUCCUGCCUCCCACCUAACAAAAACAUCGACAUGUUGCUGAACUAAAUGUGGCAGCCAGUUGCCAAAGCUGCUCUAACGUGGUUUUGUAAGACAGAUCAGGAUGUCAUCAAAGACUUUAGUAACUCAAUUCAAAAGUGAAGCUUGUGAUUUAUGUAGGUUCUUUAGACACUUAGCGACAUUUAGUUUUGACAGUGACAACUAAACGCUAACAAAAACGCCAAACUGAAGCAAAUCUUCAUUAUUUCAAUGAAUUGAAAGACAAAAAUAUGGUUGAGAAAGGCAAACAAGCAGCUGAGUGAAGUUGUUCCCCCCUCCACCUUCAAAUUAAACAAACGUUUGUGCAGAAACAAAUUUUUGUUUGUGCGACGACCGUUUUGAAGACAUUGAUAAAUGUUUCUAGAGGUCAUGGAAGGUCAAACAGAUCGCCACUUUCCCACUCCCCCUCAACAUUUACCAAAUCAAACAAAAAUAACUUUUGAGUAAUAUACGCAAAACAAACUUUUUUUAUUUCUAAUUCUGCAGCAUUCUAAAACAUUUUGGACAAUUUGAGGGAACAGUUUGUGGAUGGUCAUCUGAUGUUCAAAUGUGCCUGCAAAAUACGGCAUAAUCAAAGUCCACAAACACACGGAGGACUGAGUUUGUUGAGGGAAAGCUCGACUGGUCUGCUCAGAGCCUCAACCUCAAACUGGAUGGACACUUUUCUGAUCCAUCAGAACAGAGUCCGUGAGUCAGGCCUUUUUGCCCAACAUCAGUGUCCGACCUCACAAAUAAGACCAUUGGGGAAAUAGUGAAUUCCUCCUGAACUCAAAGCUCUCCUACAAAUAUUCACAGGUGGUACAGCUUCUAUCAUGUCUGAUGCCGAACGAGUGGAUACUUUUGGCAGUUUAAUGAAAUAUUUUUCACUUCUGAACUGAAUUACUGAAAUUAUGAUGUCAGAGAUGUUCCUGUUUGCUAAGUUGCACCUGUAAGCAGCAGCGUCCAAAAAAGCAGAAUUGUUUACUGCCCGUACUUUCUAAACGAAGAGAAGUCUCACCGUAGGACUAAACGAUGACGCACUGUGGAGCAUGUAAACUACCUACUGACUGUGAUCAUAAAAAUAAUUAAAAAAAAAAAAACCUUCAGUGGUGAAACUUUCUGUUUAUAAGAAGCAAUAGAAACAUAAACCUUUGGUGUUUUUAUGCAUUGAAACAGUCAUUUUUAACCGUUUGAUCUGAAAAGAAAAAGAAGCUGCACACAUAAAAUGCCUUGGACGCAGGACUGUACAAAUUCCUUGUUGUAAAUGUGCAUUCUUGAGUGUGUCUUAUUGUGAUUUACAUGCUGAUAAAGUCCAAAUUGUGCUGUUUACAUCUUUUCUAUACCUCCUGAUGAGCGGUUUCUUGUCUAAAGAGUUUGUGUGACAUAGAAUCUGUGGCACUUUGUGUUGUGUUUACAGUGAAAUAAAAGCUGUUCAUUACCAGA